AUGAAUGAGAGGAUGGCAACAGGAACAGCAUUGCAGAAAGCCAUUGAUCUGGUGACACGGGCAACAGAGGAAGACAAAAACAGAAACUAUGAAGAAGCUUUACGCCUAGCAUUGCAGAAAGCCAUUGAUCUGGUGACACGGGCAACAGAGGAAGACAAAAACAGAAACUAUGAAGAAGCUUUACGCCUGUAUGAGCAUGGUUUAGAAUACUUCUUGGAUGCCAUCAAAUUUGAAGCCCAGAGUGAGCGUGCCAAAGACAGUAUUCGUGCUAAGUGCAUUCAGUACCUGGGUAGGGCUGAGAAGCUCAAGGAGUUUCUUCAUGAAGGAAUGAAGAAAAAACCUCUCAAGUUGAGUGGGUUUCCUCCAUAUUGUCAUCCCUGUCGUGCUGCACUACAUUUGCAAGGAGGAGGUCGUAUUGAUCAUUCCAUUCCAGGUCUCAUUAUCUCAAAAUUUCCAUUCUGGGAACCUUCCAAAAGACCCCAUUUGUACCUGACUACAUUUCAAAUGUAUUUCUUGCCAUCGUUCACCCUUUCUCAUUACCUAGGGACGGGAAAGUCAUACUUGGCUAAGGCUGUGGCAGCAGAAGCAAGCAGCUCGACAUUCUUUUCCGUGUCAUUAUCAGCCCUAGUGUCCAAGGGGUUGGGAGAUAUAGAAAAAUUAAUGAAAAAUCUGUUUGACAUGGCACGCAUCCAUAAACCCAGCAUCAUCUUCUUUGAUGAGAUCGAUUCACUCAGUUCCUCUCGGUCGAACAAUGAGUUAGAAUUCGCCCGAUGCAUAAAGACUGAGUUUCCCGUCCAGACGCAAGAUGUUGGGGAUGACAAUGAAGGAAUAUAUGUGUUGGGAGCCACCAACAUCCCGUGGGUGCUGGAUGAAGCCAUUCGAAGGAAUUUUGAGAAGCGCAUCUACAUUCCUUUGCCUGAAGAAAAUGCUCGGACUGAGAUCUUCAAAAAACAUAACCUGGGGAAGAGGACAGAAGGAUAUUCGGGAGCAGACAUCAGCAUUGUGGUCCGAGAUGCUCUUAUGGGACCUGUGAGGAAAGUUCAGGCAGCCACACAUUUCCGCCGAGUGUCAGGUCCAUCUCGAGAUGAUCCCAAGAUCAUUGUGCAUACUUAUCUCACUCCUUGCUCGUCCGAGGAUCAAGGAGCCAUAGAGAUGUCAUGGAUGGAUGUUCCUGGGCAGGAACUCCUGGAACCUAAGAUGACCAUGAUCGAUGUCCUCAGAUCCAUAGCCAAUUUCAGGCCCGCA